GGGGCGUGCCCGCGCCGCGCUGUGGGCGGAAUACGGGGCCCCGGAGGGUUCCCGGCAGGUUAUAUCUGGGCACCGGCCUGACCGGAUUGCGCGUUUUUCUAAUAGGGCCGAGGGAAUGAUGGCGCUACGGGACAUCAACGUCUUGGAGCUGGCCGGCCUGGCCCCGGCCCCGUUCUGCGGGAUGAUCCUAGCCGACUUCGGGGCGAAAGUGGUGCGCGUGGACCGCCCUGGAGCCUCCGGCUACUUAAGCCACUUGGACCGGGGCAAGCGCUCGCUGGCGCUAGACCUGAAGCGGCCUCGGGGCGCGGCCACGCUGCGACGCUUAUGCGCACGCGCAGACGUGCUGCUGGAGCCCUUCCGCAGCGGUGUCAUGGAGAAACUUCAGCUUGGUCCAGACCUUCUGCUGCAGGAGAACCCAAGGCUCAUCUAUGCCAGGUUGAGUGGAUUUGGCCAGUCAGGAAGCUUCUCCCAGGUAGCUGGCCAUGACAUCAACUAUCUGGCUUUGUCAGGUGUCCUGUCACAAAUUGGCAGAAGUGGUGAGAAUCCACAUGCUCCGCUGAAUCUCCUGGCUGACUUUGGUGGUGGCGGCCUCAUGUGCGCUUUGGGCAUUCUGGUGGCUUUGAUGGAACGCACACGCUCUGGCAAAGGUCAAGUCAUUGAUGCAAGCAUGGUAGAAGGAACAGCCUAUCUAAGUUCUUUCAUAUGGAAGACUCAAAAAAUGGGUCUAUGGAGCGAACCUCGGGGACAGAACCUGUUAGAUGGCGGGGCACCUUUCUACACAACUUACAGGACAGCAGAUGGGGAGUUUAUGGCUGUUGGAGCAAUAGAACCCCAGUUCUACCAAGUGCUGAUCAAAGGACUUGGACUGAAGUCUGAUGAACUUCCCAACCAGAUGAGCAAGGUUGAUUGGCCGGAAAUGAAGAAGAAAUUUGCAGAUAUCUUUGCCAAGAAGACCAAGGCAGAGUGGUGCCAGAUCUUCGAUGGCACAGAUGCUUGCGUGACCCCAGUACUGACUUUGGAAGAGGCUGCACAUCAGAAUCACAACAGAGAACGGGGUUCAUUUAUCACUGAUGAGGAGCAGUGUAUGAGUCCUCGCCCUGCACCUCUGCUGCUGCGCACUCCAGCCAUCCCUUCUACCAAGAGGGAUCCAUUCAUAGGGGAGCACACUAAAGAGAUACUGAAAGAAUUUGGGUUUAACCAGAAAGAGAUCGAUGAGCUCCACUCAGAGGGAGUCAUUCAAAGUGCAAACUCAAAAUCUCACCUCUAAUUUCCAGGCUCACAGCUCAAGUGAGUUUGGAUCUUUUCCACAGUGGAGAAUAAUUCAGAACAAUAGAUACAGGAAAAUGUGAAAGAACAGAAAUGCUCAGCUAUCCUAAUCAUGAAACAGCUAAAGACUGAUUGCACUGCAAUUAUCUUCUGAAAAUGAUUGUCAUCAGCACGUUGGGUCAAGGGAUUUUUGGUGAACCUAUUUUAGCUUAUGACAGUAUUUUUUGUCUUUCAGUUUACUUGAUAAAAUGUAUUUGCUGAUAUUAAAAUGCUUUACACCUAUACUACAUUUUAAGGGAAGUUUAUAUUAAAUAUCCUGUGCUUUUAAAUUUAUAAAAA